AUGGACGAGUCGUUCUGGUCGAUGACUUUGAGAGGGCACCACAACAUCGUGCUUUUCGGGACCUACUUCAUGAGGUUUGUCAGGUGCUUGGCUUUGCUUUACCCUAUGUCCUUGAAUUUGCUGGAAGGCUUGUGGCAGGAAGAACCCUUAGAUCUACCUGCAGGUUGUCCAGAACUUUGGAUUGAUGAGGGUUGGCCGCCCUACAAAGCAUCGCCUAUGGUGCAUGGUCGCACCAUGCCGGUGUGGUCUGUGUUUGGACAUGAACGCUCCUUGCUUGUUCUGCAAGCCAGGCUGCUGAAUAGCUUUCCUGAGAAGCAGGUCAAGGCACUGAUCGGCUACGAGCUGGGCCGCAUGGCCUUUGCGCUGCUGAGCCCGGGCAUCUUCAAAGCCUGGACGGAUCGCCUCUCCAAGGUCUUUGUGGGGAAGAAUCUUUUGCAAGGAGUUCAAUCCAUGAGCCCGGAGCGCUUUUGCCCUUGCGAGUCAGGACGUUCGAGUUCGAGGCCUUCCCUUUUUGGCCUUGGGGAGCCUCUCUCCAUGGGCACCAUCAACCUUAACAUUUUCGGAGCUUGGCGAUUCCAGGCGCCUCAGCUCCAUGCAAAUGGAAUCACGCGGCCGAUCAUGGAGUUUCUUGCCAUGGACAUGGUCCUCAAAGCUGCAGCUCCUCGUAUUCUUCGGCCCAUCGUGUGGAUCGGAGUCUUGAUGCGUGGUGGACCGGAAGCAUUGAUGAACAACAUGCGAGACCAGCUGGAGCAAGUGGCACCAGGCUGGGGCUUUGAUUGCAACGUGUAG